AUAGAAUACACUGCUAAUGCGUGCAAUAAGAAGGCCGCAAGAUUCAUGUUACGAGCGCGCUCCGCAAGUCUCCGCGGGCCAGCUGUCCGCAACAGCUUGCUCUCAAAUCUCUCGCGCUUGCAGCUUCCUGCUGUCGCACACCCGGCACACCUCGCGGCCCUUCGAGGAAGGCGUUGCGAUGUGACGGCCGCUGCAGCAGCCGGCGGUUUGAGCCCGCAGCGGGCGAAACGCGGGUCAGGCAGCCGCGCCACCAGAAGCCAAUACCAGACAGAAAUUGAAGCAGCAGCAAGCGCGGUGCAAGCAGCGCGGGUGGCCCUGACCGCAGCGCAGAGCGAGGCGCGCCAGCAGUUCACGCGCUCAUACUACUCUUCUUUACACUCGCGUAUAGUCGAUGCUGAAGGAACUUACCAUGAAGCGCUGCUAUCACUUCCUGGGCGCGCCUGAGCAGCAGGCUGCUGCAGCGACAUGGCAGUCCGCGGCGGAGGCUCCGUCUGGGCACGACUUCGAGGUGCUGUGGGAGCUGCUGGAGCCCGAUGAUGAAGGACCCGAGUGGGAGGCGGGACUCUUGCCGCGUGAGCGUGAGCUGCUGCCCGGCGCUGACCCAGGGCUGCUGGCGAGCCGAGCCGCCACCGCGCUCGCGCACUUCUCGACGGUGCCGCGCGCUAUCCGGCGGCUGCUGAGGCUGCGGCCUGGCACCUUGCUGGCCGGCGGCACGUUCCGCGUGGCGUUGCAGCAGCCGUUGAUGGUGAUGGCAUCGUUCCUGGGCUGCAGCCUGCCGGCUACGGUGGUCAUGUGCGCGGAGGAGCCGCGGUUGAUGGAGGUGCCUGUGAUCCAGCUGUCGGCGGCGCGGGAGGCCAUUCGGACGACGAUUCGCGUGGCCUGGUGCCCAUACGAGGAGGAUGACGCUACCGCCGCUGCCGCCACGCUGCUGCUCCGAGCACGGCCCGGCCUGGCUCUCGAGCCAGCCAGCGUGCUGCUGGCCCGGGCCGACACGCUGGCCCUCCUGCACUGGCACGUCCUGGCAGGUCUCGGCGGCGGUGAGCUCAACAGGUGGCUCAACCCGGAGGACGUCACCACAACGACAGCGGGAGUGGCCUACAGUCGCAGCCAGAGCCGCGUCAGCGACAGCCACAGCCGGCGGGGCGGCAUGCCGCAGCCGCCACCGCAUGCAGUGCUGACGCCGUCCGACGCCAAUCGCCUGGCAGCGGCAAUGUCAGUUCCGCUUCACGUCAUGCUGCGCCUGCUGUGGCUGCGUCGCAAACGCGGCAGUUGCGAAUAUGCCACAAGCGUGCUGCGGCUGCGCUGCCGGCACAACGACGCGAAGGCUGCGCUGGCCAGCGCUGCGUCAUGGCCUCGCGAUGCCAGGUGACUGGUGGCACGCGCAGUGGGUGGGUGGGCCGCUGGGCUAUUCAGAUGAGGGGGUUGCAUUUGCACCGUGAAUGUGUUGCACUUGCAUCGCGGAUAUGGGUUGGAGCCUCAAAAGCACACGACAAGGGUCAGAGGUUGCCUAGUCUUGUCUCAUGUA